CUCAGAAGCCGCGAACCUUUGCAAGGACAGGUCGUAAGCACGGUUUCCGCAACCGACUGCGUUCUUCGGCGCCGCUUCCUCCCGCCGCGAGGAUGCCGUAGCUUCCGCUUCCGCUUCGGAGCGUCCUGGAGUCCAAGUGCUACAGCCACAGCCUGUAGGUCCUGAAGAAUGAAGAUUUGAAAGCGAGGCCAUGGCUAAACACCUGAAGUUCAUUGCCAGGACUGUGAUGGUUCAGGAGGGGAAUGUGGAAGGUGCAUACAGGACCCUGAACAGAAUCCUCACUACCGAUGGGCUUACUGAGGUCAUAAAGCAGCGGCGUUUCUAUGAGAAGCCCUGCCGCCGCCGCCAGCGGGAGAGCUAUGAAACAUGCCGGAGGAUCUACAACAUGGAAAUGGCUCGAAAGAUUAACUUCUUGAUGCGGAAGAACCGGGCAGACCCAUGGCUGGGCUGCUAAGCCCACGUUAGUUCUGUGUCUGACUGUUCUUACACAACCACAAUCUCUGUUACCUUUCUCUACAAUAAACUCAAUCACAGGUGAACAAGAAGGCGAACAUAUAGAAGCUAUCUCACUAGUCCACAAUGGACCCUUUUAUUGAAAGGAAAAAAAGCUAAUAAAAAAAUGGAAUAGG